UUUCAGCGUUUGUUCUCGAAUGAUUUUUGUCAUUUAAACUGAUGUUAAAAUGGAAAUGGAUGAAAAUGAUAUAUUAGAGAAUCAAACACCGAAGAAAGAUAGUGGAACUGCGUCAUGGAUAGCAUCGUUACCGAAGAACAACGUGGGCGAUGUGCGCGAUAUAUCCAAUCAAGCAUUCUGGACCUUAUCCAGUUGCAAAACGGAUGGCUUCGGCAUCCAGCAACUGUUAGAUGAUGAUUUGGAACAAUACUGGCAGUCGGACGGUCCACAACCACAUACGGUCACAAUUGAGUUUAACAAGAAAACAAAUAUUUCAUACCUGUUAUUAUAUUUGGAUUACAAAACCGAUGAAUCAUAUACACCGAGCAAGGUGGUUGUACGUCUUGGUUCAUCAGUUCUGGAUGUAGAUGAAGGUUUAACAGUUGUGUUUUCCGAGCCAGUUGGUUGGCAGGUUAUCGACUUACGCGACGCUGAUGGAGGCCCAUCUCGAGCUUUUAUCUUACAGUUGCAAGUUGUACAGAAUCACCAGAAUGGUCGGGAUACUCAUAUAAGGCAAAUGCGAAUAAUUGGGCCAACUCGAGCACGGCUGGACACUGGUAUAAAGACACUGAUUAAUGCUGGAUCAAAUAUAAGCAAUGUUCCAUUAAAAUUCACUUCUCAGACAAUUGCUCAAUUUGCCAAUAUCCGCUGAUGGCUUUACUAAAAUUUUACUAUUGUGAGGGCAUGUGAGAUCAAUAUAAGAACCAAUAUCUAGAAAAAUAGGAGGAAAAGACUUAGAGCGCAUUAUUUUCCAGGAGAAAUUAUAACUUUGGAGUUUGAACUGAGGCGCGCAUCCGUAAGUAACGAAAAUUUUUUUUUUUGUUCACGGGAUUGGACAAUUUUUAAAAGUCAGGUGAGUACAUAUAAGCUUGGUUUUUCAUUCCAAGAUUUUCUGGGGAUUUCGACUUCCAUUCUGUUUUCAUUGUUUCUGUUUCAAAUCACAAAUGUUACAGUUUUCUUGAAAUGACUUAUGCAUACAUCUUUUUCUGCUACUGGAACUAGAUGAUACCAGAAAAUAAUAUCGAGAAUGACUAUGUUCUACAUAUUUACAUACUAGCGCAGUUGUGUUUGGCUUGGUUUCAGAAUUUCUACCUCGAUCUGAAUUUCAAUAUUUUAAAGCUAAAGAAAACAUUCGUUCACGAUUUCUUUCAAACCACGAGAAGAGAAGCAAAUUUUAAGGCUAAUUCUUUGAAU